CCAUAUUCUCGAUACGUGUACUAUUAACGAUAUGCGUCUCCAGACCCAGUAAGAUCUGUUCUUGAAACUUCAAAUAGUGUUUCUUAUUCUUUCAGAAGCACAGAGUUUUAUCAGCUACACGAAGGCUACCUGCGUCAGCCGUCCCUAAUAUAGCAGUUAAAGACUAGAGGAAAGGCAGCUAGUGAUCACCACCCACUGCCAACUUUUGGGCUACUCUUUUACCAACGAAUAGUGGAAUUGGCCGUCACAUUAUAACGCCACCAAGGCUGAAAGUAUGUUUGGUAGAAUGGUGAUUCGAACCCAUGCCCCUCGGAGUGCGAGUCAAGCGCCCUAACCACCUGGCCAUGCCGGGCAAGUAAGACUCUGAAGACAUCUUCUUAUAAAAAGUUUUCUGAAGGACAAUAGUUAAGUAUGCAAUUUCACACUUUAUUCCCCGUCAACAGAAGAAGAUUUUUGGCAUUGUUUGCCUAUAUACUUUUUUUCGUUAUUGGUUAUUUAGUGUACACAAGAAAUAGUAGCUAUUUUGAACAAAUUACAAAAAAAAUAUCUGUACAGACUUCAGCAAAUGAAGUGUUAUCUCAGUACCUGAUUGACACUCCAGGUUGUAGAAUCCCCCAUUUGGAUCCAUUUGAUUCAUCAGUAAAGUCCCUAAUUCACAAGGUAUCAAAGAAAGAUGCUUGUAAAAAGGAGAAGUUUUUUAUAGAAGUUAAAAGCAACGCUAAGCUAGAAGUAAAUGUAAACUUACUUCGAAAAAAUUACAAUUUGUCUUUUGAUGAAAUUAACUGUGUCUAUAAACCAAUUUUACGAGAGCCUGGACAUCGUAAUCUAACUACAGACAAUCAAUUUAAAAUUGGAAAUAGCAAAAUUUUGACUUUUGGUGUACCUUUACAAGAGGAGUUUAUCGUUGUACGGUGCUUCAAGAAAACCCAAUUUUUCCAUGAAGAAUACAUUGCACUGACACCAAUCAUACAAAAUGUUGAAGAAAACUGCAAAAAGAGAGAAAAUGGUUUUUCAAAUGGUGAUUCUUUAAACGUUAUGAUAAUUGGAAUCGAUUCAAUUUCGAAAUUAAAUUUUAUUCGUCACUUCACAAAAACACACACGUACCUGCGAACUGUAUUAAAAGCCUUUGAACUAAGAGGGUACAACAAAGUUGGGGACAAUACCUUUUAUAAUCUUACUCCACUUCUUACAGGAUUCUUUGCCAACCAAUACUGGAAUAUAACUAAAAAAUAUAUGUUUUUUGACCACUUAAAUUUUAUCUGGAAGGAAUAUUCUACAAGAGGUUAUCGUACACUCUUUGCUGAAGAUAUGCCAAAGUACGCUUUAUUUAACUAUAAUAGAAGGGGGUUUCUCCAUCCUCCUACAGAUUAUUACUAUCGACCAUUUUCCCUUGCUGUUGUAAAGUCCGACAUGUUAAAAAGACACAAAAAAAAAUGCAGUCAUUCAGAGUUGGAAAUGCAAUUUGUAUUCGAUUACGUUAAACAAUUUACAUCGACCAUGGACGAUAAGAAAUAUUUCCUUUUUGCUUUUACUGCUACCCUCACGCACAAUGUCCUGAACUAUGCAGGGUAUGCCGAUUCUCCAUCGUAUGAUCUUCUUCAGUUUCUUCACAACAGUGGCACACUUAACAGAACCAUAAUGAUAUUCUUCAGUGAUCAUGGUAUUAGGUUUGGCAAAAUAAGAAAAACUCUUCUCGGCAAGAUUGAAGAAAGAAUGCCAUUUGUCUUUCUUACUGUUCCUGAAUGGUUCCAAAAAAAACAUCCCAUAAUUACGAAAAACCUAAGGACUAAUGAAAGAAGACUUACCACGCCAUUUGAUCUCCGUGCGACCCUGGUUCAUCUUUUGAAGUUCAUUGGAAACAACGACGGAACUUUACGAGAAACUGUUUCUUCCGAAAAAGGCAUCAGUUUGUUUGAGGAAAUCCCAAUCAACCGCACGUGUGCGGAUGCUUUCAUUUCAUCCCAUUGGUGUGUUUGCAAUAACCGAAGAAACAUUUCUCCACAAGAACCCAUUAUUGCUUCAGCUGCCAACGUUCUUGUUGAUACUUUAAAUCACUGGUUGAAGAACUAUUCAGAUAAAUGCGCAAAAAUGAAACUUAAAAAAAUUUUAGAUGCUCGCGUUUCCACAAAUAAGAAUAAGUACGUAUUCCAAGGCAACAUAGAAUAUUUAGUGACUGUUAUAACUUCUCCUGGUGAAGCAGUUUUUGAAGGGACCAUUAAGUUGAAUGAAAAUACGAAAAAUUUGACGGUUGUUGAUGACGUCAGUCGGAUUAAUAUAUAUGGAAAUCAGUCUUCUUGCAUAUUAGAUACACAUUUAAAAAAGUUCUGCUUUUGUGUAUAAUCAUACUUUAAUUAAUUCCUUUUAUUAACAUAGGUUGUAUGAAAAAAAAAACACUUGCAAAGCAUCUCUAAUGUGAAACACAUGAUAGAUUCAAUUUCUUUUUCUUUAAAAGUCCUCCACUGGGUCAGCAGUAAGUUUACGAUCUUACAAUGCUAAAAUAUGGUGGUUCGAUUCUCGUUGUGGACAGAGCUCAGAUAGCCUAUUGUGUAGCUUUGCACUAAGACAAAAACAGACAAAUAAAUAAUAAUUUGUUUUUUAAUUUAGAUGCUUUAGGAUAACCGAACUUUUAAAUUUAAAAAAAAUCAUAAAGAUCCUACAGGAGUAAAAUAUGAUGCUCAUUAAAAUAUUUAUUGGAGAAUAAAUGAAAAUUUAUUAUCUUUAAAGUUUAUUUGUUCAUUGUUAAGCACAAAACUAUACAAUAGACUAACUGUAUUCUGCCCACCGCGAGUAUUGAAACAUGAUUUUUAGCGUUAAAUGUCCUCAGAUUUAUCUUUUUCUGUUGGAAUUGUUUCAAUAAAAUGAUUAAUAUCAAAAGUACAGAUAGUGGUUCUAAUAUUUCGAUUUUUCUGUUGAAUAUAGAGCAAGUCAUUCGUAUGUUUUAUAGCUUUAAAGUAUGUGUAUGUGUAA